AGGAUCUGUACAAGGAGGCCAUGAUGGAGGAGCACCAGCCUCUUAUAUCACAAGAAAAUCCUAGUAAGAAUUCUGAUGAAAACAUCAUGUUAUCACAAAUUUAUAAAGCAGAAGAUGAAGAUAUCAUGCAGCGCUCUUCAGAAGAAAACGUCAAUGUACAUUUAGGACUUCACAGUACAGAUCUGUUAUAUAAUCCCCCUAAUCAUGAGGAACCUUCUCCUGACCGAUCACUGAUUGUUACCACAAGUACAGGUUUAGAAGGGGGUAAAAGGUUCCAGUGUGGUAAAGAGUUUUCAGAAAUAUCAGGCAUUUCUACAUACAGAAGAAUUUACAGACGUGAGAAACCAUAUUCAUGUUCAGAAUGUGAGAAGUGCUUUACGGAGAAAUCAAAUCUUUAUAGACAUAAGAGAAGUCACACAGGAAAAAAUACUUAUUCAUGUUCAAAAUGUGAGAAAUUUUUUAAUAAUAAUUCAGAUCUUGUUAAACAUGAGAGAAUUCACACAGGAGAGAAGCCAUAUUCAUGUUCAGAAUGUGGGAAGUGCUUUACAGUGAAAUCAAAUCUUCAUACACAUAAAAGAAUUCACACGGGAGAAAAACCAUAUUCAUGUUUAGAAUGUGGGAAAUGUUUUGCACAAAAAUCAGAUCUUAUUAAACAUGAGAGAGUUCACACAGGUGAGAAGCCGUAUUCAUGUUCAGAAUGUGGGAGGUGCUUUACAGAGAAAUCAAAUCUUGUUAAACAUAAGAGAAUUCACACAGGUGAGAAACCAUAUUCAUGUUCAGAAUGUGGGAGAUGCUUUAAAGAUAAAGCAAGUCUUGUUAUUCAUGAGAGAAGUCACAAAGGAGAAAAACCAUAUUCAUGUUCAGAAUGUGGGAGAUGCUUUAAAGAUAAAGCUAGUCUUAUUAUUCAUGAUAGAAUUCACACAGGAGAGAAGCCAUAUUCAUGCUCAGAAUGUGGGAAGUGCUUUACAGUGAAAUCAAAUCUUCGUACACAUGAGAGAAGUCACAGAUUAAUGAGUGGAGUAGAGGUGGACUUUUUAAAGGCACAGUAACAGGUCUUUGAGAGCCAGAAUUCUUGCUGUUUCUCAGGGGUUCAAAUACUUAUGUUCAGCA